UCCCUGCUCGCCUCCCUCCAUAGGGAAUGCUGCUGGUCUUCCCUUCUCGCAGUGGCGUGGGUGGAACUAGUAGACCCUAGCAGGAUUGGAGACUCACUCGAUCCUAGCUUCACAUUUUCCUUGCACCUUUUGAUGCCACCCACAUAUGGUUUCCGUCUUUCCGAUAUGAGUAGAGUAUUUUUGUGAUAAUGAUGAUUUUUUAUUAAGGGGCUGCCUGGGGCUGGUGGCUGCUGGUCAUCUCGAGGGAAGAGGAGAGAGGGAGGGAGGAGCCCUUGUACUUUGCUUUGGCAUGAAUGGCAAUUUCCUCCCUCCUAGGACAAGGUCACAGUCACACUCCUCACAGCCGCAGCCCAGGAGCCGGCCGGAGGGAACAGCAAGGGGAUAGUUCCACCCAUCCCAUUCAAUAGCUCGAGUGGGAAAGGCAGGCAGCGAGACCGUUUUUAAAAUCCAAAAAUCGACCCACCGCCCAGGCUCCUGCCGUCCGUUCCUGUGCUGUUCUUCAACUUGAACCAUCAUGGGAACCAUCCUCGCCUGCUUCUGAUGUGCCUGGAUUCUUGAAAGCCCGCUCGCUGCCGCCCCCAGGAAGGGAAGGAAAUGAGGUGCGCCAGAUCGUGCGGCACUUUCCAGCAAGCUUCCGAAGCUUUGUGAUUCGGUGGUAGCCAAGCCAUGGAGGACGACGACCGAAAAGCGCCGAGCUUUCUUGAUGUGCCCAAGGAUAUUCCCAUUGCCACCACCAAGCCCCUCACCAUCCGGACCAGCGCCGCCGCCGCGUCCGGAUGCGGCGGCGGCUCCGACCGGUCCUGCCCCAUAUCACCGGCCAUCUCCAUCACGCCGCACCUCUACUCGCCGUCGCCGCCGUCGUCCGCCUUCGUCUCCGCGCUGCAGUCCCCGUACAUCUCGCCUCGGGUUCUCGACCCGCCGCCUCCUCCUCCGCCGGCGGCGCCGGAGCCGGAGCCUCAGCGGCGGCAGGAAACCAAGGCCGCCGCUGCUGCCGGUGCCGGCGCCAGCGCCACCACCACCGCGGCGCCGUCGCCGACGUCGUGCUCCAACGGGUCCGAUAUCGACGCGCCCAGCGCGUCCCGCACGCCGCCGUCCGAGCGCUACGACUCCAGCGGCAUCGACGCGGCCAAGAUUUCCGACGGCGGCGGCGUUGGAGGCGCUGGGCCCCUGCUGCCGCCGCGCGUGUCGUUCUCGUUCCCCGUGCCGCGGGUGUCCUUCACCAGGGGCUCCGUCGCGUCGCCGUCCUCCAACGCCAAGCUCCGCAGCUGCGACGUGUACAUUGGCUACCACGGCAACGGCGGCCUCUCCAGGUUCUGCAAGUGGCUCAAGUCGGAGCUCGAGCUGCAGGGCAUUGCCUCGUUCGUCGCCGACCGUGCCAAGUACUCGGAUUCGCAGAGCCACGAGAUUGCUGACCGGAUUAUUUGCUCCGUCGCGUUCGGCGUCGUGGUGGUCACCAUGUCCAGUUUCCUCAACCCUUUCAGCCUCGAGGAGAUCAGAUUCUUUGCUCAGAAGAAGAACCUGGUGCCUAUACUGUUUGACACCGAGCCAGCAGAGAUUGCCGGGCUUUUUGAUGGUAAAUUGGAGGAUAAGGAAGGGAAGGAAGCGUUUGAAGGGCUGAUGCGAUGUCAUGAAUUCAAGCUUGAGGCGAACGAGAGCAAUUCGAGAAGCUGUGUGUCGAGGACGGUUACGCUGCUUCGGUCCAAGCUUGGACGGAAGAAUAUCGCCGAGAAGGAGAGUGAAGCUUCUGAGGGCCUGCCUUUUCCGCGCAACCGGCAUUUCGUGGGAAGGGAGAAGGAGCUGAGCGAGAUUGAAGGCAUGCUCUUUGGGUCGACAGUGGAUAUCCAAGAAGUGGAUUGCCCUAGGGCUUCCAGUACAAAUGAGAGAUCAAGCGGUGUGUCUGAUGGAUUUGCUGAUGAGGAUAGUGAUACCGCGAGGAAAUCUAAUGCCAGGUACAUCAGUUUGGAGAUGCGCAAGUGCAAGGAACCCACACUGGAGGCUUGGAUUGACCCCGUGAUUGAGUUAUCAUCUGGUAAAAGCAGAAGCCUGCAGAAGCAGAGAUCAAGGCACAGGAGGUCAAGGUUUCGGUGCAACAGCAAGGGCUAUAGCGGUGCCAAUGUAAUAUGCAUCAACGGUUCUUCAGGCAUUGGCAAGACUGAACUGGCAUUGGAGUUUGCUUACAGGUACUCACAGAGGUACAAGAUGGUACUGUGGAUUGGUGGUGAAGCUCGGUAUUUGAGGCAAAACAUACUCAAUAUAUCCAUGAAUUUGGGACUGGAUAUCAGUGCUGAGGCUGAGAAGGAGAGGGGUAGGAUUAGGAGCUUUGAGGAGCAAGAGUUUGAUGCAUUCCAGCGGGUGAAGCGGGAGCUGUUCCGCGACGUGCCCUAUUUGCUCAUAAUUGACAAUCUUGAGAGCGAGAGGGAUUGGUGGGAAGGCAAGGAUCUCCAUGACUUCAUACCGAGAAACACUGGAGCAACACAUGUCAUCGUGACAACACGUUUGCCACGCGUGAUGAAUCUUGAGCCGAUGCAACUGCCACAGCUCUCGUACAUUGAUGCGAUGGCCUUGAUACAGGGGAAAAGAAAGAAGGACUAUCCGCCUGAGGAAACCGAAGUUCUCAGAAAGUUUGAUGAGCGGUUAGGCAGGCUGAGCUUUGGCCUGUGGGUCGUCGGUUCACUGCUAUCUGAGCUCAUGAUUUCUCCUUCCACUCUACUUGAGGCUGUUGAUAGAAUAUCAUUGAGCGAGAAUUUGUUUCCCAUUGGUUCCAAUGACGAUGGCUUCUGCCGUAACAAUUCUUUCUUGAUAAAGGUCUUGGUCUUCUGUUUUGCUUUGAUGGACCGAGCAAAAGGAGGAAGCCUUACGUCCAGAAUGGUCAUUGCUGGUUCUUGGUUAGCUCCUGCUCCUGUGUCAUCCACGCUAUUAGCUGCAACAGCGAGCAAGCUACCGAUGAAAGGCAGUGGUAUGCACCUGUUUGGUGAAUCCCUCAAGACUGCAUUUCUAUGUGGCACACACUGUUUCCUAGCUCCAAAUGGACGGAAGGCUGAGGUGGAGUCAGCGCUCCUGCUUGUUAAUCUUGGGUUAGCAAGAAAGGCAAAUCGACAUCCUGGUUGCUGGAUCCAAUUCCAUCCUAUCACACAGCUCUUCGGCAAGAUCAGGGGAGGUUUAGCACCUACAACUGCAGCAGUGAAUGGUGUGAUGAGGGCUGGAAACCCCUCAGUAUACUCUGACCACCUAUGGGCUAGUGCCUUCCUCGUGUUUGGCUUCAAGUCUGAGCCACCCGCAGUCCAGCUUAAAGCAGUCGACAUGGUCCUCUUCAUCAAGAAGACGGCGCUGCCCCUGGCAAUUGACUCCUUCAUGUCGUUCUCGCGGUGCGGCUCGGCUCUGGAGCUGCUCAAGGUGUGCACCAACGUCCUCGAGGAGGUGGAGAAGUCGUACGCGUCGCGGAUGCAGGACUGGAACCGCAGGUCGCUGUGCUGGAGGAAGAAGCUGCAGCCGAACCACCGCGUCGACGAGUUUGUCUGGCAGGAGGUGACGCUGCUCAAGGCGACACUGCUGGAGACGAGGGCGAAGCUGCUGCUCCGCGGCGGGCUGUUCGACACUGGCGAGGAGCUGUGCAGGACCUGCAUCAGCAUCCGGACCGUCAUGCUCGGCCAUGGGCAUGCCCAGACGCUGGCUGCUCAGGAGACACUGGCGAAGCUGGUCAGGUACAGGAGUAAGAUCUGAGAUGAGAUGAUGUCCAAGACCCUCGCAUGCUCCUUGUAUAAUGUGACAUCCCUCUGCUUUAAUACAAAGGGUUCAGAAGUUAUCACGCCCUUUUUUUUUUCUGAAUCUGGCAAUACCACUAGCUACAGUUUUGUUAGCGAUCAUCAGUAUACUAGCCGAGGUCCAUGAUGCCAUGUGUAACUUAUUUUAGCGCAGGUUGGGGCCAUGUGUAAGUGGAGGUGUUAUGUACAGUACAGUCCAUCUGCUAUUUGGUAGAACUUCAUUUUCGUCUCUUACUACAACCAUUGAGCUUCCCAGGCUGAACUUUCAGAAAUGAAGAUGUUCUUCCUUUAAA